AGAACACAUAAAUCGAACUUCGUUAAAUAUGGUCGGCAUGCAAGUAUGGCGAAGCGCGUUAUUAAUGGGUGACUUUAUCUUGGAAAACAGAGAUAUUUUCACCAAUGAUCAAAUUGUAUUGGAACUCGGCUCUGGAGUAGGAUUGACUGGUAUUGUAGCUGCUAUGUGUUGCAAAGAAAUCAUUUUUACAGAUAUCAACAACAAAGAAAUAUUGUCAACGAUUGAAAAAAACAUAAACUUAAAUCAAGAUUUAAUCGUCAGUCGAACGACAKUCAUGCCGUUGAACUUCAAUGAACCUGAAUUAUUGUCUGAGGCAUUAUGCGAGAAGUUAAAAAAUAUACAAAUUAUAAUAGCUGCAGAUGGUUCGUUAAAGUAUGUAUUCAGUUCAGUCGAUUUGGAAGUUUGCGCUCCAUGUUACGAAUAUUUCAUUGAUUUGUUAUCACAAAAUAACAAUUGGUGUCAAGUUCAACUAUUAGAUUGCAAUUUUCCRCAAUACUUUCAGUAUAACAAAGCCAAAGAAUUAGUAAUAUUCAAAUUAACCGCCAAUCAUUCCGUGUAA